GUGACAUUCGGUUCCAAAGACGGUUUGGUGUUGAACGGGGCCCGCGUGUACGAUGACCGUACGGUCAGAUCGAUGAAAAUCAGUUUUACAGUUUCUUCCAUGUGUCAUCGAGAAAUCGUACGUUGUUAACACGGGACACGGUCGCGAGUGGUGUGACACUUUGUGAACGAGGGUACCCAGUGACCAACAACGGAGCAGCGUUUCCGCGUAUUCGAGAUGACUCGCCACCUGUGGCUAAGGGCAGCGUUUACUUUCCUCGCUGUGUCAGGUGCGAGCUGCCUGCGGGAUGUCAGCCUGGAAAUAGUUCCGGAGGCAGUGCAACGUGGUCAGAAGGCGAUGCUACGCUGCCAUUACGAUCUCCAGGGUGCUGUUCUUUACUCUGUCAAGUGGUACCGUGGCAAGCACGAGUUCUACCGUUUUACACCCCAGGACCAGCCGAACAUCAAGAUCUUCAACAUUUCCGGGAUCUACGUUGACAUUGCCAACUCGAACAAUAGUCAGGUGACGCUGCGCGACGUCGACUUUGGCCUCUCGGGUACAUUCAGUUGCGAAGUUACGGCGGACUCGCCGACUUUCACCACGGACUGUGUCUCGAAAAAUCUUACGGUAGUGUCUCUACCCGAAAGCAAGCCCAUUAUCGUAUCGGAACGUGAACGUUACAACUCAGGGGAGACUUUGAGGGCAAAUUGUAGCUUGCCACCCUCGAAGCCGCCAGCUCAUCUCUCAUUCACCCUGAACAACGUGGUGGUGGAUUCCUACACAAAACAUCAGCCGCAGCAGUCCUCGCAGCAGAAGUGGAAUCACAACGACGCUGCCGCGUCCCAUGCCGAUCACCAAGAGAAUCUUCAGUGGAUCGAGAUCAGGGUGAACCUUGAACCGUUCCAUUACUCGAACGGCCAGUUGAAUCUGCGCUGCAGCGCCCAGAUUCCCGGCAUAUAUUCGGCGAUAAGCGAAGUGCAGCUUGGGGCUGGUCUGCGUGAACCCGUGCCAGAGAGAGUGACCUCCGAGAACGGAAGCGAAGCUUCCACGGCCGCCUGUUUGACGAUGCUGAUGCUGUGUAUGCUCCAGCUGCUUCUGAGAUAGUCAUGGCACGCCUGAGGCCACGGAAAG